CAGAGUUGUCCCUGUGGCCGCCAUUAAAGAAAGGAAUCCAUGAAUUCAAUUGGAACCAGCAGGAACAGUGUCUCAAUAGCAAUGGUCAAACUGACCUGGGAAAUAUAGUCAUACUAUUGUUUUAGGUAGAUUUUUAAAGAUAUGUUUUAAAAAUUAUUUCUUGCUUGGCGACGAUAGAGGAAUAGGAGUACAUUUUUUAAAGCCAGAGGGUAUUUUAAGCAAAGAGGAGGGGGAUAGUUGUUUCUUUGCUUUCCUUUUUGUUUUAAGAGCGUUCUCGCUUCUUUCAGAUUUUAACUUAUCGACACGUUUGGAUAGUUUUGCGAUGCGGAGGUUGUGGUGUUUUUCAUUUUCUCUCAGCUGAAAUAUUUGCUGAAGAGAACGAGAAAAUCUAGGGGGUGUUGAACUGGCUAGCUUUAUAGCUAGCUGGCUAGCUAGCUGGCUUGCUUGCUUGCUUAGCUAGCUUACAUUCCCCAACCGAUUGGAUUGUGUAGACUUUUUCAUCAGUUUAUUCCACCAUAGAAUAUUACUGCUUAUAAUUAUUCUUACUUUAUUGGGAACUGGAAUGAUGGAUCGUUCGUUCACACAUUGAAAGUAUGAGUUCUUGCUUUGUACCAAACGGGGCCAGCCUGGAGGACUGCCAUUCCAACCUUUUCUGCCUGGCUGACCUGACGGGGAUAAAAUGGAAGCGCUUCGUGUGGCAGGGCCCCUCCUCGGCCCCCAUCCUGUUCCCGGUGACGGAGGAGGACCCCAUCCUCUGCAGCUUCAGCCGCUGCCUCAAGUCGGACGUGCUGAGCGUGUGGCGGCGGCACCAGACGCCGGGCCGGCGCGAGCUCUGGCUCUUCUGGUGGGGGGACGAGCCCAACUUCGCCGAGCUCAUCCACCACGAGCUCAUAGGGGAAGAUGACGGCGUGUGGGAGGGCGGCCUGACGUACGAGUGCCGCACACUGCUCUUUAAGGCCAUACACAACCUGCUGGAGCGCUGCCUCAUGAGCCGCGGAUUCGCCCGCAUCGGGAAGUGGUUCGUCCGGCCCUACGACAAGGACGAGAAGCCCGUCAACAAGAGUGAGCAUCUGUCCUGCUCCUUCACCUUCUUCCUGCACGGCGACAGCAACGUGUGCACCAGCGUGGAGAUCAGCCAGCACCAGCCUGUCCACCGGCUGAGCCAGCAGCACCUGGGCACGGCCCAGCAGUCCAGCAGCCCCUUCCAAGUGAUCCUUAGCCCGUUCGGCCUCAACGGCACCAUGACGGGCCAGUCCUUCAAGAUGUCUGACCGCCCCACGCAAAAGCUGAUAGAGGAGUGGAAGCAGUUCUACCCCAUCAACCCCAGUGCCAGGGACAGCCCUGAGGACAAGAUGGAUGACUGUGACUGGGAGGACGACUCCCUGGCUGCAGUGGAGGUCCUCGUCGCGGGCGUGCGCAUGGUGUACCCGUCCUGCCUGGUGCUCGUCCCGCAGUCAGAUCUCCUGCCCAUCACCCCCCUGGGCCCCUCCCACUGCACGCCAGUCUACCCCAACAGCCAGCAGCUGCACACCUCCCAUCGAGACCCAGCCAUCUCGUCCAUCACUCUGACUCCGCCCACUUCACCUGAGGAGUCCCAGACAGACUCUCAGUGCACGCAGAAGUGGAUGAAGAUCUCCUCCAUGACGGACAGCUUCAGCACGGACACCACCGGUCACCAUGGCGACAGGGUCCCCCGCAGACUGGCCUGCCAGGCAGUGGAGAGGGUGUGGCAGGAGUGCAGCCUCAACAGAGCCCAGAACAAGAGGAAAUAUGUAGCGGUUGCUAACGGAAGCUGUGAGGAGGCGGUGCCGGGCAGAGUGGGUUGCUGGGACUUUGUGGAGCCUGCCCGGAGGUCAAACUGCAACUGCUCAAGGCACAAGGCCCUGAAACAGCGGUCGGGCAGUACCCCAGGGCACCCCCAGUCUACGGGCGCGCUCCCCCCUUCGGUUCCAAAGCACAAGAUGGCGGAGAAGCCGGAGAAGGGCGAGAAGCUGGCCAAGAGGCCGCAGACGGCGUUCCACCACCGCAGCCCCCUGUGUGAGGACGUGUCCCUGGAGCCCGAGACCAGCCCGCCCCAGAUGGGCCUCCGGGCACAGGACCACGCCCGCUUCCCCACCACCAAGAACCCCCCUCCCCAAACGCCUGGCUCGCCCCAGCCGCCCCCGCUCAGUCCCCACCCCUGCGAGCGCGGCGACGAGGGGGCGGAGCCUGCCAAGAGCGCCGCCGCCCCCCGCGGCCAGCACUUCUACCAGACCGCCUCCUCCGAGCCCUGCCCCGCCCCCCACAGGGGCCCCGAGGACCCGGGCCUGGACCCUCUUUCUCAGCCCUUGAUCCUGCCCUACCCCGAGUCCCCGGGGCCCUCCGUGUACGCGGGGCUCGCCGCUAACCCCGAGGACGCCGCCUGCGCCCCCUGGAGGUUCUUCAGCCUGCCGCGGCGCAAAGACGGCCACCUUCCCACGCCCCUGCUGCGGGACGACCCGAGCGCCGGGCCGGGGAGCCAGGACAGCGUGCUGUCCGUCACUGAGGUGAUGUCCACCGUCCGGAAGCCUCUGAAGGUGUCUGAGGAGCGGGUGCGGAUGUACGCCCAGCGCAGGAACCUCUACCUGUCGGCCGCCUUCUCCGACGCCGCCGGCGGCCGCCAGCCGGAGUCCGACCCCUACGCCUUCGUGGACGGCGACGUGGAGUUCACCUUCCGAGACAAGAAGGACAAGCAGGGCGGGGACUGGGAGGCGGGCAAAAAGCACAAGGGGGAUGACAGCUGCUCAGAUGACACCCAGAAUUCGACGGCCAACAACCUCAACACCUCCGGCAGCCUCAUGCAUGAGAACGACCUGGCUGUCUCCUUCAAGGACCUGGACAACCUCUUCAACUCAGACGAGGACGAGCUGACGCCUGGGUCCAGACGCGCGGUCAGCGGAGCUGAGGAGAAGCUGUGCAGUAAGGAAGCGAAGCUGGAUCCGCUGUCCUGCAUCAGCUCGGCGGACCUCCACCAGAUGUUCCCCACGCCGCCCUCGCUGGAGCAGCACAUGAUGGGCUUCUCCCCGAUGAACGCGAGCAGCAAGGAGGGCAGCGUGCUGGACGUGGGCCCCGGCACCACGCUGCUGGACGGCCUGUCCCUGGCCGGGCACUUCAGGAUCGAGGUGGAGGAGGGCUACUGCAGCCCCAGGCCCUCCGAAAUCAAGGACCUGUCGUUCGUGUACAAGCUGGAGACGUGCCAGGCGCUGGUGGGCUGCUCCAGGUUCGCCCCCCUGAAGAUGCUGCCCAGCCAGUGCCUGCCCCCCAUCAAGCUGCCCAAAGAGUGCCGGUACCAGCCCAGCUGGACCCUGGGCAAGCUGGAGCUGCUGCACCCCCUGCCCCCGUUCCACUUCCUCAGCAAGGACAGUAACAUCCCGAGUGUGGGCAGUGUGAUGGAUCAGGACUACACGUACACCCCUCAGACCCACACCCCCUUCAUGUGCAACAGCGCCCCCUCCAGCAACAGCGGGCCGGGCAUCCUGCCCUCCCCGGCCACGCCCCGCUUCUCUGCGCCCACCCCGCGGACCCCGCGCACGCCCCGGGGCCCCUCCAGCGCGCAGGGCUCCGUGAAGCACGAGAACUCGGACCUGUACUCGCCCGCCUCCACCCCCUCCACCUGCCGGCCCCUGGACUCGGUGGAGCCGGCGACCGUGGCCCCCGUCCCGGAGGCGCACAGCCUGUACGUCAACCUCAUCCUGUCCGAGUCGGUCCUGAACCUGUUCAGGGACUGCAGCUUCGACAGCUGCUGCGUGUGCGUCUGCAACAUGAACAUCAAGGGCGCCGACGUGGGCGUCUACGUCAGCGACCCCAGCGGCGAGACGCAGUACUCCUGCACCUGCGGCUUCAGCGCCGUGGUCAACCGCCGCUACGGCAACGGCUCGGGCCUCUUCCUGGAGGACGAGCUGGACGUGGUGGGGCGGGGCUCGGACGCGGGCCGGGAGGCGGAGAGGCGCUUCGAGGCCCGGCGGCAGGCCGCGCUCCACCGGGCCGGCGUCCCCCACGAGCUGGUCCUCCUGCUGCAGGACCAGUGCACCAGCCCCUUCCCCCCCGCGUGGGGCCUGGAGCCCCCGGCCCCCGCGCCGGCCCCGCCCUGCGCGCGCCUGGAGGAGAGGGACCGCCACAGCGACUGCUACCUGGCCCUGGAGCACGGGCGCCAGUUCAUGGACAACAUGUCCGGGGGCAAGGUGGACGAGCUGCUGGUGCGCAGCAGCGGGCUGCACCCCUGGGCCACGAGCAGUGCAGUGGACAUGAGCACGCUCUUCUCUCAGGACGUCCUGCGCAUGCUGCUCUCCUUGCAGCCGGUUCUGCAGGAUGCCAUCCAGAAGAAGAGGACGGUGCGCUCGUGGGGCGUGCAGGGACCCCUCACCUGGCAGCAGUUCCAUAAGAUGGCAGGAAGGGGCUCCUACGGCACGGAUGAGUCGCCGGAGCCCCUGCCCAUCCCCACCUUCCUGGUGGGGUACGAGUACGACUUUGUGGUGCUCUCCCCCUUCGGCCUGCCCUACUGGGAGAAGCUCCUGCUGGAGCCCUUUGGCUCCCAGCGGGACGUGGGGUACCUGGUGGUGUGCCCCGAGAACGAAGCCCUGCUCAACGGCGCCAAGACCUUCUUCAGGGACCUGGCCGCCAUGUAUGAGGCUUGUCGGCUGGGCCAGCACCGGCCCAUCUCCAAGGCGCACGCGGACGGCAUUGUGCGGGUGGGCUGCGCCAUGGCCAGCCAGCUGGCCCAGCAGCCCGUGAGCGACUGGCUCCUGAGGGCGGCCGACGACGGCAGCGACGCCCUGGCCAAGCUCAAGCUCUACGCCCAAGUCCUCCGCCACCACCUGGCCCCGUACCUUGCUACACAGUCAUUGGACAGCUCUUUGCUCAGUCAGUCCAACCCCUCCACCGCCUCCAGCCAGUCGCCAUCCGCGCAGCCGCCAAGCUCCGCCUCCUCGGCGGGGUCGCAGUGCACUGCGACCUCUGGAGGCUCCGCCCAUUCAGUAAGCGCCGACGGCAGCGUCGCCGCCCCGCUGGCCAACGGCAGCGGCCCUCCCUCGUCCUCCCUGCCCCCCGCGGGCGGCUCCUUCGCUCCGUACGGAAGCGCGGGCAGCAGUGCCCAGAGUGGCCCGCCCGGGCAGGCCCCGGCGCCCACGGAACCUCCUGAGAGCACGAUGGAGCGAGAGAAGGUGGGCGUGCCCACGGACGGCGACUCCCACGCCGUGGCCUACCCCCCCGCCAUCGUGCUGUACCUGGUGGACCCCUUCUCCUACGAGGAGGCAGAGGGCGCAGGGGCCUCCAGCGUGUGGACGCUAGGCCUACUGCGCUGCUACGUGGAGAUGCUGCAGUUUCUGCCCCCGCACAUCAGGAACGCCGUGUGUGUGCAGAUAAUUCCGUGCCAGUAUCUGCUGCAGCCCGUGCGGAGCGAGGAACGCCACGUCUACGCCCAGCACCUCAAGUCCCUGGCCUUCUCCGUCUUCUCCCAGUGCCGACGGCCUCUGCCCACCUCCACCAACGUCAAAACGCUGACGGGCUUCGGCCCAGGCCUGGCGCUCGACAGCGCCCUCCGGAGUCCAGAGAGGCCCGAGAGUCUGCGCCUCUACACGCCGCCCUUCAUCCUGGCGCCCGUCAAGGACAAGCAGACGGAGCUGGGCGAGACCUUCGGCGAGGCCUCCCAGAAGUACAACGUGCUCUUCGUGGGCUACUGCCUGUCCCACGACCAGCGGUGGCUCCUGGCCACCUGCACCGACCUGUACGGAGAGCUCCUGGAGACCUGCAUCAUCAGCAUCGACGUGCCCAACAGGGCCCGGAGGAAAAAGGGCUCUGCCAGGAGGCUGGGCCUUCAGAAGCUGUGGGAAUGGUGUCUGGGGCUGGUGCAGAUGACAUCACUGCCCUGGAGGGUGGUGAUUGGCCGUCUGGGUAGGAUGGGCCAUGGAGAGUUGAGAGAUACAACUUAUGAUGCCAAAGCAUAGAAAAGAACAUAUAAAGAACAUACACCAUUGAACACAUGGACAUAUACAUGGACAUACAGUUUACAGACAUAUAGGCUUACCCAAAUAGGCUCACUGGUUGUCCCUUUGUUUAUGGCAAGCUGUGAUGUAAUUUGCCGCUAGUCUUAUGCAUUUUUUGUGUUAAUAGGGGAGCUUUUGGUGGCCAUUUAAUGUUUCAAAUUCAGGGCAUAUUUUCGUGAAUUUCUGUUAGAAAUUUUGUCCAGGUAUUUUCCACAUGUUGUGAGGAAGUGUAGCUCUGUCUUCACCACUCCUUGACUGCAGUGGGAGCACAGUCUGUCCUCUCUGGACAGCCAUGUCUGCCUGUGUCGGCCUUUUUCAAUGGCCAGGCUGUGCUCACUGAAUCUGUACAUUGGCAAGAUUAUUCUCUGUUUGCUAUCUGUCACCAUGGUCAAGUAGUCAGCCAUGGUGUAGGGCCAAAUAGAAAUUAAGUUUAUUUUGAGUUUUUGUCAUUUCUUUCCAAUAGGUCAAAUAUUUUUCUUUUUGUUUCAUUAUAAUUGUGUUUGGUCAAAUUCUCUUAGCUAGGAGGAUGUCACUGUCCUGGGACUGACUAUUAUUAGUGGUGUUAGGAUUUGAUUCAGUGAGUCCCAGGACCAGUUGACUGAGGGGACUCUUCUUUAUAUUCACCUCUUGGCAUUUCAGGGCUUUGUAAUGAUAGCAGUGGGGGUCACUCAUUUUUAAAUGUUUCCAAAAUUUGAUGGCUCUUUUCUGAAUAUUAAUUAGUAGUGGAUAUUGGCCUAAUUCUGCCCUGCAUGCAUUAUUUGUGGUUUUCCUCUGAACCCAUAGGAUACUUUUACAGAACUCGGCAUGCAGGGUCUCAAUUGGAUGUUUGUCCCAUUUUGUAAAUGUGUGUUGUGUGAGUGGACCCCACACCUCACUGCCAUGAAGUGCAAUUGGGUCAAUUACUGAUUUGAACUUUUUUUGCCAAAUGCCAAUUGGAAUUUCUAUUUGAAUUGACUUUUUAAUGGCAUAGAAAGCCCUUUUUGCGUUCUCUAAGUUAAUUCACAGCCAAAUGAAAGCUUCCUGUAGAACUGAUUUUUAAUCCUAAGUAUGUGUAAUUUGUAGUUUGUUCAAUUUUAGUUAUUCCUAAUGUGAUAAUUAUUUUGGGUCCCUGAUGUCUGGAUCUGUGUUGGAAUGAAAGAACUUUAGUUUUUGUGGGGUUUAUUGUCAGGGCCCAGGUCUGACAAAAUGACUCUAGCAGAUCCAGGUUUUGCUGUAGACCCUCUUCUGUUGGUGAGAGCAGAACAAGGUCAUCUGCAUAGAGAAGGAACUUAACUUUGGAGUCAUAUAGGGCGAGGCCAGGUGCUGUAGAUUUUUCAAAUAGUGUUGCCAAUCCAUUUAUAUAAAUAUUAAAAAGAGUUGGUGAGAUAUAAGAGCCCUGCACCUUGCCACGCCCCUGGGAAAAAUAUUUAGUUUGUUUAUUUCCAAUUUUAACUGCACAUUUGUUGUUUGUAUGCAUUGAUUUAAUUACAUCAUAUGUUAUCCCCCGACACCACUUUCAAUAAGUUUUAGGAAUAGACCAUCAUGCCAAAUAGAAUCAAAAGCUUUCUGGAAAUAUAUAAAGCAGGCAAAAAUUUUGCUUUUGUUUUGGUGAACAUAUUUGUCAAUUAGGGUAUGUGGGGUGAAAAUAUGAUCCGAUGUUCUAUAAUUUGGUAAGAAUCCAAUUUGGCUUUUACUCAAGACAUUGUGCUCCAUAAGGAAGUUUAUAAGUCUUUUGUUUAUUAUAAUACAGAAUACCUUCCCCAGAUUACUGUUCACACAUGACUCUGUAAUUAUUUGGGUCAGAUUUGUCUCCAGUUUUAUAUAUGGGCGUUAUGGGUCCUUUGUUCCAGACAUCAGGGAAGUAACUGAACCAAGUUGUACAGUUUUAGGAUAGCCAAUUUCAAUUUAUGAUCGGUAUGUUUUAGCCUGUUGUUUAGGAUGCCAUCUGCACUGUGGGCUUUUCUGGGUUGUAGGUCCUUCAGUUUUUCAAAUAGCUCUUUUUCAGUUAUUGGGGAAUCUAUAGGGUUUUGGUAAUCUUUUAUAGUUCGUUCAAGCUUUUCCAAUUCUUCACAUAUUUGCUUUUGCUCUGGGCUUAGUGUCUUUUUCUGGUAUAAAUUUUCAAAGUGGUUUUGCCAAAUGUCUCCAUUUUGAAUGGACAAUUCAUCAUGGUCCUUUUUGUGUAAUCUGUUCCAGUUGUCCCAGAAACUGUUAGAAUCAAUUGAUUCUUCAGUGAUGCUGAGUUUAUUCUUAAUGUACUGUUCUUUCUUGAUUCUGAGUGUGUUUUUGUAUUGUGUUAGUACCUGACAAUAAGCAAGAUGUAAUUCCUCAUUUUCUGGUUGUCUGUGUUUUUGGUUUGAUAUUUUUUUGAGUUUUUUUUUCAUGUCAUGGCAGUCUGAAUCAAACCAUUUUUCAUGGUUUGGUUUUUUGGUUUUUCUAUUGGAAGAUUUCAGGUUGGACAUUGAUGCCAAAUAUUUAGAUUAUUCACUGCCAUGUUUACAGCUUCUUUAUUGUGAGUGUAUGUGUUUUCCAAAAGGUUGUCUAAGAGGGAUUGAGUCAAUUGGCUGCCAGUUGCUUUCUGGUAUUUUUCUUUGCUGUUUAGGGCCCAUCUGUAGGAUUUUUCAAUGUUGUACAGCUUCCUGGGAAGUGUUUCUGUGUUGGACGUUUCUGUCCUUUUGAGAUACACAGUAAUAUGGCUGUGAUCUGGCAGAGGUGUUAGUGGUUUGACUGUGAAUGCUCUGAAAGAUGAUGGGUCCAGAUCUGUAAUCGUAUAGUCUACGGUGCUGAUGCCAAGAGGUGAAGAGUAAGUCAGUCUUCCUAGACAGUCCCCUCUGAACCUACUGUUGACAAUGUACAGACCCAGGUUAUGACAAAGGAGCUGCCUUCCAUUUGUAUUUGUUUGUUUGUCAUAAUUAUUCCUGUGUGAAUGAAAAGGAAGAUCAAAAUGGUUAUUCCCAAAUAUGUCAUUAUUUCCCUGACUAUUGAUAAAGUCAGGUUCCUCACCAGUUCUUGCAUUUAGAUCAACACAUUCCCCUGGGCCUGGAAAUAGUUGAUCUCUCUCUCAAUGUUGAGAAAGAUGUCCUCUUUGAAGUACGGGGAUUCUAUGGGGGAGAUAUAUAUAUUGCGCAAAGGAAAACAUUUUGCAUGUUAGAAAUAAUUUCUUUUUUAAUCUUGAGCCAUAAAUGAUUUUAGUUUUUUUAAUUAAUUCUAUGUGCUUCUGAAGCUCUGCCUUAAGCCAAAUCAGUAUGCCACCAGAGUCUCUGCCCUGGGUUACUCCUGGGAAUUUAGUGGAGGGAACCACCAGCUCUGUGUACCCAGAGGGACAACCAGUGUGCCCUUCUCCUCUACACCAAGUUUCCUGCAAAAUAAUAAUGUCUAGGACUUUGAUUGUAUUUAAGAACUCUGAGGUCCUACUCUUCUAACACAGAAGAAUGUAGGCCUUGGAUAUUCCAGCUUGAGAUGCGCAUGGAGUUCAUGUUAGAACUUUUACAAUAAUAGAUGUGGUUUUUUGCUGAAGGUGUGUGUGUGUCAUUUAAAAAUGAGGAAUAAAGAGUAUUUCAAUAUUUACAGAUGUUUACAAAACAAAACUAACCUUUUAAACAAUAUGAUUCUAUAUGCGUAUAUAUGCACACAUACUGCACAUGCAUACACA